ACGCACAGUGCCGAAAGCGAGCGAGAGAGAGAGAUCCGCGGAGCUGCAAUACGAUACUCCGUUACCGCCACCGGAGCAGUGAUGGGGGUAUGGAGGGAGGGAAAUGGGUGGUGCUUUUGUGGAGGAGGACGGACGGAGAGGUUGAUGGGAAGUCUAUUGUCUUGCAAAGGACCGGCUAUGGCUUCCAUCUCCUCCGGCGCUGGUCGAGGAGAUGGAACUGGUUUCCUCAUCCACCCAAACCUCCUACUCACCACCCAUGGGACUCUGGCGUCGGUCACGGCGGCGGAGGACGUCGAGAUCCAGCUCAAUCAGGGACGCUUUCCAGCUCGCCUCGUCCCUUACAGGUUCUUUAUCACGAGUUCAGUUCUUGAUCUCACAAUAGUUGGACUAGAUGCUGCAGUUACUAAACCGAAUUCACAGGGCCAUCAUCCUUCCUACCUGAAAACAUGUGGCAAUCCAAGUCUAGGUCUUGGCAGUGCAGUUUAUUUGCUAAGUUACACCGAUAAAAAAGAACUGGUCAUUGGGGAGGGAAAAGUAGUGGUUGCCACUGAUAAUCUUAUAAAACUAUUUGCUGAGGGAAGAACUUGGUCCCCGGGCUCUGCUGGUUUUGAUGCACAAGGAAAUCUUGCCUUGAUGAUAUGUGACCCAAUGAAGCUUGCAUCUUCUCCGACUGGUAAAUCUUCUUCAGCUUCCUCAUCCUCGUCAUUGACAUGCAAGGGGGAUUCAUCAAUGCUUUUUGGAAUUCCUAUCCCUAUCAUUUGUGACUGGUUACAUCAGCACUGGGAGGGCAGCUUAGAUGAGCUAAGCAAGCCUAAAUUGCCCUUGAUUCGGUUGUUGUCCACCGGGCAGAAGAGCGAGCACUCCUGUUCUUUUAGUCAGCGUCAGAUCUUCAAGCCUGAAGAUCAGGAAGAUGCAAACAUCUCUUCUUCUGCACACGUAACUGGAAAAUCCAAAUUUCAGCUGGGAUCAAGCAGUUCUGCUAAUGUGGUUGCCAUUGGACAAGGUAUUUCAACUCCGGAGAUCUAUGAAUCUCCGAAGAUUACUUCAGGGACAAUUAGGAGGAAGGAAACUGCCACAGUUCAGCUCUUGGACAUUAAUUUCCCUCCAAGAGCUCCAAGAUCCAUCGUCUUGCCAAAGCUCUUAAAGCAACCACUUCCAGAACCGAAUGAGAAUAUUAGAUAUGAAUCGAAACCAGAAAAUCCAUCAAUGGAAGAUGAUUGCUGCAGUGAGGUGCAGUCAUGUUCAUCUCCAUUGGAGGUUUCUGAGCUACCUAAUGAGGGCGAGGGGUUCAGCAGUGGAGAAGAAACUAUGUACUCAGCUGAAACUAUGGAGAGCAGAAACAUCCCUAGUCCUCCCAAAGAAAUUAGCAAGUUCAAUCCAGUGGGCAGGAGCCAGAGUUGUGUGAACUAUAGCAGAUGGGAAUCAUCUCAAAGAAACACAACAAAAAGAAGGGAAAUGCUACAGAAUCAGCACAGAAUGAUACCAGCGAGGAAAGCACAGUCAUAUAUUACUCAUAAGAGCCGUGAGUACUACAGCCCAACGGUCUCGUCAAGCAUGAAGAAGAGGAAUGGCUCAGAUCCGCCACCCAUAAGAUCACGAAAGAAUGUACUUCAGCUCUCUCCAAGAUGGAUGUUCUAAGUUUUUUCCUAACGGUAACAAAGAAAAAUAGUACCUUUUUUCUUUCACCCUUGCAAUCGAUAAAUUGCAGACCUGCUUUAUUGUCUACUGGCAUGGCUGUUUUUUGUUUGCUCGUUAUGUUUUCAAAUCUUUGAUUGGUAUUGGUUCUGUAUGUGCAGAGUUGCAGUAACAUGAAUAAAUUGUUCAGGCAAGAAAAUGUCUGUCUUAUAGCCAAA